CGCCUCGGAGCCUGCAUCGCGCCCAGGGGCCCCGGCGGCAGGUGCCUGCCCAUCGCUCUCCGCCCGUCCCCGGAGCAGCGAGCAGCGCCCUCCUCCCAGAUCCCACGGGGAGUCCAGCAGCCUCCCGCGGGCGGGGCUGAGCCCCUCCGCCUCCCACCUGCCCGCCGCCGCCGCAGCCCCCGUCUCGCCUCCCGGGGCCCCCGCAGUAGCCAAGACGCCGCGGGCCGUGCUCCGAGUGAAGAAUGGGGCGUCGAAGCUGCCCAAGCCGCAGGCGGCGGCCGAGGCCCCCGGCAGCGCCCCCGGCCCGGGGCUCUUCAUGGAGCGCUCGCAGAGCCGCCUCAGCCUGUCCGCCUCCUUCGAGGCCCUGGCCAUCUACUUCCCCUGCAUGAACAGCUUCGACGAGGAGGACGCGGACGGGGAUGGCCGGAGACUCAAAGGUGCUAUCCAGCGGAGCACAGAAACUGGUCUGGCUGUCGAAAUGCCAAGCCGGACGGUCCGUCAAGCCAGCCAUGAAUCCAUUGAAGACAGUAUGAACAGCUAUGGAUCUGAAGGAAACUUGAAUUUCAGCGGAAUCCAUCUGGCAUCUGCCGGGCAGUUUAGUGACUUCCUGGGGAGCAUGGGUCCUGCACAAUUUGUUGGUCGUCAGACCUUGGCCACCACCUCCAUGGGAGAUGUGGAAAUUGGUUUACAGGAGCGAAAUGGACAGCUAGAAGUGGAUAUCAUUCAGGCACGAGGACUGACCCCCAAACCUGGCUCCAAAACCCUUCCAGCUGCUUACAUCAAGGCAUAUCUACUAGAAAAUGGAGUGUGCAUUGCAAAAAAGAAGACAAAAGUGGCUCGAAAAUCAUUAGACCCCCUGUACAACCAGGUGUUACUGUUUGCGGAGAGCCCACAAGGCAAAGUAUUACAGGUGAUAGUCUGGGGGAACUAUGGACGCAUGGAGCGCAAACACUUCAUGGGAGUUGCCAGGGUUCUCUUGGAAGAACUGGAUUUGACAACUUUAGCAAUUGGCUGGUACAAGCUUUUCCCUACCUCCUCGAUGGUAGAUCCCACUACAGGUCCACUUCUGCGCCAGUCUUCACAGCUUUCCUUGGAGAGCACAGUGGGACCCUGCUGUGACAGGUCUUAAUGAGCAAGGAAGGGGGGAACUGCUUCUGUUUUUUAAACAUGCUGUCAAGGUUUUGUUUGCUGGAACUCUGACCUCAAGUGCAUUGCAUGUUCAAUCAGUUCUUGAGGAGCUGGAAGAGUGACCUUAGACAGAAGAUAAGGGGGAGGGCCGUAUGCCCUCUCCAUCCAAGUAGCAGGUGCCAUGGGCGUGAGUCCUAGUUGUGAAAUUAUACAUACCCCUCUUGUUUCACUUCUCUGGCUGUCAUUCAUACACCCCUGUUUCAGAUCAGUAUUAACCCUAAAAAAUUGCAGCAAUGUUUUUUUGAGCAGGGGAAGAUAUUUUUCUUAAUUUUGUUUUAGAAAUUCAUAAAAUACAGGUUUUGUGGGGUUUUUUGGUUUUGUUUUGGUUUUUGGGUUUUUUUUUUUGGUGAUGCCUGAAAGAUUGGAAAGCAAACAUCUGAUCUGAAAAGAGCAGGAAUUGACUGUUUAACAGGAUUUUUGUUUUUUAUAAGAUCUAUCUCCUUAAAAAUCAUAAAAAAAAGAAAAGAAAAAAGGAACUACAACUGUGUCUUUAGAAAAAAUUCCACAUCCAAGAAUCACGUUAGCUAUAAAACGAUUGUUGCCAUGGUUUUAAACUGUGCCAAAUUACCAGCAAGUGUCUUUAAUACAGUACUUGGCGAACACUGCUGCUGAAGCACAUUCGAUGGGAAUACAAGUGGAGUAUGCUUUGGUUAGACCGGACAGUUCUAAUGGAGGAGGCGAGCUAACAAAUUAGCUGCAAUUCUGGUCACUGGAAAUGUGAGUCAAACAUCAGACUUGCAGUUUGAGAUGUGAUUUACUAGCACAUUGUCAGAUACGACGUUUCACAAUUUACAAACCCCCUUAGUUUUUGCUGCUCAUUCCUCCAUCAUGGUGGUUUCUAGCUUCUGCAUUCUGUUCCUUCUUUCUGGGUACAUAUCUUGUGAAGUGCCACCUUCCUCUGCUAACAUGCUAUACUGUGGACUGACCUGAAAUAAUACCGUUUUACUCUACUACAGGAAAGGAGAUUUCCUUUCUUGACAGGGUGUAGCAAAGAGAAACCUCCGUUUGCCACCCAAGAAGGAGUGCUAAUGAGCACAUGCCCCUCCUCACUUUAAAAAAAGAGUUGUGUUGCUUAAUGCAAUCCCAUUAACACACAGGCAUUGUCAAGUGAACCGAAAGAGAAGGAUGCCUUCCCCAGAGUACAGGCACAGGAGAGCGGUUGGGGAAAUCUACCAGACAUAGUAGUCACAGCAUGUAUAUUUUGUUGAUUUAAGAACAGCAAAAAGGCACAUCAGGUGUUAACUGUAGAGCAAAUCCUGUAGGUUAAUGCAGUAAAGAGACGUACUGUACUGUACAUUCGAUCAACUGCUAAGCAGAGAGCAGCUUUCUCAAACAGUACCAUGUGCUAGAUUAGUGGGGUAUUUCUCUAGAUCAUUCAGGUGAUUCAAAAUCUUAUGCUUGGAGACACCCAUUCCCCAAAACUGUGGAGCAUUUUUAGGAGUCUGGAGUAUCUCAAAGAGUUCGUAGCAGUUAAGCUUUUUCUACUAGGGGUUUUUCUCAUAAUUUUUAAUGAAGACUUGACUGCUAUCUCAAAGUGGUUUGCUAUUCUAGGUGCAAGGGAGUAUUUUGUUCUGUGAUUUAAGAACCUGAGGUCCCAUGUAAUGUUUAGGAGCCAAUGGAUUUUUGACCUGUCACUGCAAAGCACUGACAGCUUCUCCAUGCAGACCACAAAUAAGUAAGAAUAAAGCAUCGAGUUGUAUAAGAUGGAGAACGUAGCUGCUUAUUGUUAUAUCUUAUCUGAGGGACUUAAAAUUAUUCUGAAAUAAUUACAGAAUAGAAGCAAAAAUAAUGGACCCAACAAUAUGCUUUGUAAACAUUGAUGUAAUGUUUGGGGGAGGGAGAGUACAUAAACCUGAGAAUUUUAAGAGUCUUAAAGUGGCAAAAGCUCCAACAUUUCAGUCUGAUCUCUUAAUUUCCUUCGACAAAUAUGUCUCUAGCCUCAGUCUAAUUAUUUUUUCUAACUGUAUUAGGCAAUUUCUAUAUACUAGCUAAAGAAAGUUUGUUGCAUGCUGAUCAAACUAUGUUGUGGCUCUAUUUUUAAAAAAAGCACAUUUACCGUAAUUCAAGUCAACACCUUUUCCUCUUGGUAUGUAAUAAGUACUAGGCAAUAUUGUACAAUAUGUAUGAACUAGAUUAGAUUAGGUAGAUUUAGUGGUUUGUAGCACUGGAUCUUUUAAUAACUAUGUCUUUAAAAGGACUAUGGAAAAAUAUAAAUACAUUCCAAACCUGGUAACUGAAUGACAGGGGUUUUAUCUUCAGUUACUUUGAAAAUUUUAUAUGGGUAUUUUGUUUGGAUACUAUUUACCUGUAUAACAAGUUAGUAACAUUUUAUCUGUGUCCAGUAAGAGGUAUGCAAUGUUUUUCCCAAAUCUUUUUAAUUGGGAGUGGGAGGAAUUAAAUAUGCCAGAAAGCAUCUCAAGAAAUCUCCUUUUGGGAUUAGCAGUUGGAAAGCUCGAUUCCUCCAUGAAUAGCAAAUUCCACAUUUUGGGGUCCCACUUCCUCCAAAAGCUCUCCAAGCUCAAAUGUGAUUAGUUUAGUUAAAUAUAGGACUAUUCAACUCUAUAGACUGUCUUGUUUGUAUUUUUAAUCACAUUAAAAGGUCACUGUCAGGUUAAAACUUCUAUUUUUAAAAAUAUAUAUUUUCUUUUCUCUGUUAUUUUAUUAACACCAGAAAUUAUUACAAUUGAAAACCAUGUUAACCAUCUAUUUUAUGCUGUUUUGCUUAUCUUCUGCAUUUCUCACAACUUGGAUAGUGAUAAUGGACUAGUCAGUUUCAUUGUUUCUUGUGUGUGAGGGAAAUGCUACAGUGUCUGGGUUUCAUACACUCAAGGAUUGUAUUUACAGCAAAUAAAAAUGUUUUUCACUGGGAUUAAAACAAAUCACAGAAACCCUUCUAAUGGUUCACAAUCAAAGAGCUUAAGGCCAGGGGAACCAUUAUGAUCAUCUACUUUUCUAGCAAAACCUCCUGCAUGCCUCAAGUGGGAUAAUUUCACCCAGUACUUCCUGCACUGAGCUCAAUAACAUAGUUAUAGAGAAAAUCUUGUAGCUAGCUAUCCUGUCUUGAUAUAAGGACUCCAAGUGAUGGAGAGUUCAACAGGGUCUUACGCUGGGAAAAGUUGAUUUUUGCAAAACCAAACUUUUUGCUCAGAUUUAACCUGACAGUGUCUAAGAUAAUGUGAUAUGGUAGCUCUAACUUCUGCUCUGGUCACUUUGAGUUUGUUAAAGUAGCAGUUGACUACAGCAUUUAGCAGUUGAUUAGAGCGGCUAGCAUCUGAAACCUGAACAAAGGUCGACUUGUAAAAGACAAAACAGUUGUUUUGUGUCUUAAAUCUAGGUGUUAAUUAUGUUUUGUUUUUAAGCAAAGGAAUUGAUAAUGUUUUUGAUCUGUUUCAGAAUAGCAGCUGCGUUAGUCUAUAUUCGCAAAAAGGAAAGGAGUACUUGUGGCACCUUAGAGACUAACAAAUUUAUUUGAGAAUAAGCUUUCGUGAAAGCUUAUGCUCAAAUAAAUUUGUUAGUCUCUAAGGUGCCACAAGUACUCCUUUUCUGUUUUUGAUCUGUGAGUAAAGAUAAGGGGUGGGUAUGGGGACAGAUUGUUGUGUGCUCAGCACAGGGCUAAUUCUCCAUUUCUUGCCUACCUAAAGCUACCCUUAGCGUUCAUGGGAGGUUCAAUUGCAAAAGGAACGGGGGAUCAAUCCCUGGAUGUUACCUUGUUUGCUAUCUAUCCUUUUGCUUUAAGGAAGUGACGAUGGUUACAUCACUAAGGGCAAAACGACCUUUUCCCAAUGGGAAUGCCAUGGACAAGGAGAGCAGAAUAUUAGAACCGAGACCUAUUGUACAGAUUUCCCCUGUUUGUAGUGUGAACACACUGAAGUUGUGACUAUGUGAUCAGUCCUGACUUCUUCAGGCCAAAGUGUGAUUUUUCCAAUCUCCUGGCGUUGCUUUCUCCUUGUCCUAACCCAGCUGGCAUGAUAUAGAGACAAAACAAGGUGCUGAUCAUGUAGUUGAAUCCAUUGAUUCAGAUUCUAGCACCUCCACGGAUCCAAGCAUGAGGGUUUGUCUGUGUGGAUCCAGUUGCAGGAUCAGGGCUAAGCAAAUUUUGGGCCGCCCAACCUAUGCAUCCCAACUUCUUGGCAAAGGAUUUUUGAAGGAAAAUCACAGAAUUCUUUGUUUGAGUGACUAUAUAUAUAUAUUUAAUGUUCUUAAUUACUGGAUCCUUUAUCAAGGUACUGUUUCAAAAUUGUAAAAAUUUCUGGAGUCAGAAUGUCACAAGUUCAUAUAAAGGAACUAUUUAUAAUGUUGAAGCAAUUAGCAGAAUCUCGACCUAAGCAUGUUUGGUAAUGUGUGGACAGCAAGACAACUUUGUAUGAAAUUCAUUUGAAGUUAGUUUAUUAUACACUGUUAUUAAUAUUUUAAAACAGGAGAAAUAUUUUUCUUUAAUGAUUUUUAACCAACAUCAUUUAGCAUUUUCAAAAAUGUUUUAUGCUCUUGGUGUGAAGUUUACUCAUUCUUUUGAUUCAUAUGUUCCAUGUUAUAUUUUAUCAACUUAAAAAAAAAACCGCACAUGUAAAUAAUUACCAGGAAAGAGUCCUAUAGAACAUUCUGUAAACUGAUCAUUAAAUUGUUAGAAAUAUGUUACUGUUCAUAAAGUCUCAGCUGCUAUCCAAGCCUUUGUUGAAGAAAUUGAUGUUGUAUUUUCAAGAUGAAAACUACUUAGCUAGUUUUGUCAUAACCCUGUAUUCUGUAUAAAAAUAUUUUAUAAAGAGAGUCUAAAUAGGCUAACGAGCAAUAAUAUAUUCCAUUUAAUGUGCACAGAUUGUGACUUGCAGGGUGUAGUACAUAUUGGUGAUAACAGUAGAUAAUUGUCUUCAUUAUUAAUUACAUCACUUCUGAAAAGAUCCAUAUUACUUUAGACUAUAUGGUUAAUAAAAAUGAAGAUUGGCCUAUUGCCAUGUGAGAAACGUUCAUUACAAUAUAGACAGACUCUGGGUAAACAAAUUUGCUCAUUGACAAAAGAUCUUCUUUGAUGAAGAAUGAAACACAGCUGUAGGUGACUUCAUACUACAGUUUUUAAAACACUUUGAGUAUAAACUUUAUGAAUAUUUCAGUCUCCCUGAUUUUCUUGGACUAUUUGGAAUUUGUAACUUGAUGAGAAUGUUUUUCCACUGCCACUGCAGCCCCCACCACUGCACAGAGCCUUCCAUGCUGGGGUUAUGCCAACUCUGCUCUCUAGCUGCCUGUUUCAUUUAGAAUAUCACAGGCAAACUAAAGGGAGAUUUUUCUGAGUAGUGUAUUGAGCUGUUCAUUGAAGGCCCUGGGGGGGAGGGGGUAGAAGGGUGUUGUCCCUUUCAUUUAUGGUAUUUGUCCAUUAAAAAUUCCACCCAAGAUGGAGAGAGAAGGGUUGAUUUAAUGACUUUCCAAGCUGUCAGGAACAGGAUCUACUGGAUUUUAAGAAUGUUUUAACUUUAAAUUCAAGAUAUAAUGCAUCCGAUAAAAUUUAGACCUCAAAAGAAAAUCUAAGGUCAAUCCAUGUAGAUUUCGCAGGCCAUUGGGUACUUCAUGAAGAAAUCCCCACGUUGAUUUAAAAAUUGCCAAGCUGCUGCCGAGGUAGACUGCAGAACCUGACAGAAUAAUACUGGGACCCCUAACCACUAGUGGAUCAUUAACUAGCUAUUGUUUGGGCAGUGUCUGGAAGAUGUAAAGAGCUUUGUAAAUGCAAAGCACCAUAGUUAUAUUGUUCAAAAGAUACACACAUUAUAGCAGCUAUACUUAAAAAGAUGAAGGGCCAAAUUCAGACAAAGGGUAAGCAGGUAAAGUGGAGUUGUACCCACUUGCACCAGGGCUGAAUUUGGGCCAGACACAAAAGGGGUUUAUUGAAAGAGUCUAUAUUUACACACAAAGUAUACGCAUGCUAACUGGGAAAAUAACAUCCAGGAGAGAAUUCCUUGUAGCUUUAGUUUCAUUUAAUGCAGGAUAGCUGCUGAAAACAAGGGGGAGGCAGAGAGGAGACAACACGCUACAGAGCACCAGCAAAUAUAGGUUAGGACCCAACUGUUCAUCCCUUUGUGACUUACCAUAUCUAGAAAUGCAGCCAAAGCUAGAAUAUUUUAACAGUUGGACUUUGCAUUUACGUAGUAUGCUGUCCACAAUGUGUGGCUGUGAAACGGGUUCACCAGUGAGAGAAGGGCUUAUCUGUUGUAGGCCAGGUCCUGGGACCUUGUAUAGGAUUCAAGGGCCAGCCCAGCGCUGGGGACGAAGUCCAUCCGCCAUGCAGUGAGCAGCAGCCUAUCAAAGGGACCAAUCCUGCAGUCUUUACUCAGGCGACAUCCCCACUGUAGCCAAGCUCUGUUGGCUCAGUAAAGGCUGCAGCACAGGACUCUACGGGCCAUAUUUGUAAAGGCAUUUAGGCACCUGAAGAGUGAGAUAGACACCUAAUGUCUAACUCCCAUCGGUGCUUAAUAGGAUCAUUUUAGGCAUCUAAAAACUUUUAAAAUUUGGCCUGGGUUGGUUACAUUUCUGAUGUACCAAAACCCAGUUUCCUGUUUCACUGAAUCGUUCUAAAACCGAAUGUUGUUUUGAAAUAUUUAGAGGAUGGAAACAGAGUGAAUUGUGCCGGGGGGGGAAUCCAGGCCAGAGAACAUGAAAAGAUUGUUGCUGUUAGCUAGCUCCUAACCCACUGUGAAACCACUGACCAUUUCUAAUGCCCCAAGGGCAGAACUACAGGGGAGAAAUAUCCAGCAAGCUAGUUAAAAUGUGUAGUCCUGGCCUCCUCCCUGCGGGGACUGCUGUUACCCCAAAGCGGGCUGAGAAUGCAAGGCUGCAGGGCACCUUCAUCCUUGGGAUCAAAGAUGGAGGCAGCUUCUUGCAAAACGGUUUCAAAUUUAAAAAGCAUAAGGGGAUGCACUGCCCCAUGGGUGAAUGAACCAGAGCCAACUGCAGCGCCCCCACGGCAGGUCUGUAUGCAGAUCAAUGGCAGGAUCUUCCCCAGUACCUGCCAUUUGGGGUCAGUAUUAAUGGGAGACAGGAGCAUCAAGCAAAUAUAGCACUGAUUCCAUAGGCUCAAAUGCCAUGCAAAUGAGAAGGGGUUAAAGUAGAUUGAAACUGGGGGGGGGGGGGGGGGGGGGGGGGCGGUGCUCUCCCACCCCCCACUUUCCCUGUGGGAAAUUUGCUUUUGGGCUCAGAUGCUCAUCCCAAAAUCCCCAGAUCUAGGUCCCAAACCUUAUUCCAAAUGGGCGGGAAGAGUAGGGGCUGACCAUGGUUCCAGCUAGGGCCCACUGGCCGGGAGUACCCCUUUCCCUGGGGACUAGCUCUGCAGCCAGAGCCUGCCAGCCUGGGGCAUGAGACCAGAACAGUGACACAAGGCACACCUUCCACCCUAGGGCUGACCUCACUGCCAGCAUCCUUGCAGUGGGCCUGAUCUACUCUGGGACAUCACACCACUGGUUUUUCAGUACCUGUGCAGCUGUUCCAAGCAGGGCUGGGGGAUUCAGUGGUGGUGACAGCAAUGGCAGCCUACUGUGGAGUUUACCCUGUUGGUAGUACUAGUGCAGCUGCUUAAUGUUCUGUGCAGAAAAACCAAGUGCAAGAUUCCCUAGUGUGUGCGUAUAUGCUCAUGGAUCGAUCCUGCUGCAGCCGCUAUGCAAAUGGCCCAACUGACUAGUCAAGUAAGGAUUAUCUAUGGGAAUAAGUGCUGCAAGAUCUGACCCUUAAUCUAGGAUUAAGGAUUAAAUGAUUGCUGGGGAUAAUUAAAUGUCUCAGAAGUAUCCAACAUUCUCUGUUCAUAACCAGCAAGGAGCCACAGGGUUCCAUUGCCUCACUCCUAUUGGCUUUCAGUGGCCUCUACUUGCAAUUUGUGUCUUUGCAACUCUCCCUCUCUGUAUUUUUCCUAAAUGUAAUGGACAUGAGUCAGUUAAAUCUUAGCCAUGAUAUCACUGCAGGGGAGGAGAGAGUACACUGAUCACUUGUAAACAGCUAGAAGGCUGGCAUCCCGCUUCUCUGUGACUCAGAGAGGGUCCCUUUUCCAAUGUUCCCACAUUUCAUUGUUUGCAAGGUGUAUGGACUCCCUUGGCUGGAAGCCUUUGCAGCAGACUGUACUGUCCAUACUAAUGCUGUAGUACGUGAAGUGAGGUGUAGCUCUUGGUGCAAAGUGUUCAGCACAUCUCAUUGGAUAGUCAGUUCUAGUGAAGGGAGGAUUCUCCUGUACUUUUUUUCUGUCUGUAGGUUUUAUUCAGACAAUGUGUGACAAUUGAGUGAUUUACAAUUCAGUGUUAAGCUAAGGACAAAUGUUGAUAAUGGUGACAAUAAAAAAAUCUUUUUUUUUUGCA